CGCCCUAUACCGCGCAAUUUUCAUUUAAUUAAUUCUUCUCUUGGUAUUCUUAUAAUUUUUAGCUUGUUCCAAUUUAAGUUCCUAGUUUAAGGAUCCACACAAUAAAUGUCGUGCUGCAAGAAGUACGCCGUAUGCUGGAUUAUCCUGGUGGUGACCGCAUUGGGUGUGACCUUGGGUCUGGUUUUUGGACUCCGGAGCAAAGCGGAAGAACCACGUCGCAUUGGCGCCGUGGCAUCGAAUGGCGUGGGAUGUGCAGAGGUUGGAGGCUCCAUUCUGGAUAUCGGAGGAUCUGCUGCAGAUGCGGCUAUAGCCACCAUGUUGUGCGAAGGCGUAAUGCUGCCCCACAGCUUGGGCGUGGGCGGUGGGUUUGUUGCUACCAUUUACUCAAGAGAGACAGAAUUUAGUGAGGUUCUAAUUGCCCGAGAAACCGCUCCAGCUGCGGCCACGCAGGACAUGUUUGUCAAAACAGAAAUCACCGGCGCAUUGUCCUGUGCCGUUCCCGCCGAAAUUUAUGGAUACUCCGAGCUGCACGAUAAAUAUGGCCGCCUGCCCUGGAAAACGCUUUUCCAGCCCACCAUUGAUCUCUGCCGCCGUGGCAUCCUGGUCUCCAGGUAUCUCUCCGGAGUCCUUCAGCGCGAAGAAGAGCGUAUCAGAAACGAACCCUCCAUGGCCGAGAUUUUUAUUAAUCCGAAAACGGAUGAGGUCUACAAGCAGGGCGAGGUCAUGUACCGUCACACUUUGGCCGAAACUCUGGAAAUCAUAGCGGAUGAGGGCGCCAAAGUUAUUUAUGGCGGCGGCAGGGUAGGGAGAAAACUGGUGGAGGAUAUCCAGGCUAUGGGUGGCAUUGUUACCGAAGAGGAUCUGCAAAGUUACAAUGUUCGCUGGGAAAUGCCGCUCCACUCCCACUUCAGUGGUGGCUACAAGUUACUCACCUCGACACUGCCCACGAGCGGGGCCGUGUUAACCUUUAUGCUGAAUGUAAUGGAACCGCUGUAUACGAGCAAUACGGACAAGUACUGGCAGCGUUUAAUCGAGACUUUUAAGCACGCUUACGGGCAUCGUACCAAUUUGGGCGACAUCCACUAUGAACCAGAUGUGCAGGAGAUGUACGAAAACCUUAUCGAUCCGGCCUUUGCCGCAGAGAUCCGUAAACUUAUUUUAGACGACAGGACCUUCGAGGACAUGUCGUACUACGGAGCCAAUUUUGCUAAUGAGGAGGAUCAUGGUACAGCACACAUAUCCGUUUUGGCACCAAAUGGCGAUGCCAUUUCAGUGACCAGUACAAUAAACAGCCAUUUGGGAGCCAAAGUAAGAUCUCGCCAAACAGGCUUUAUACUCAACGACGAAAUGGACGACUUUAGUACGCCCGGAAAGGUAAAUGCCUAUGGCAUACCCGCCAGUCCCGCAAACUUUAUCAAACCAGGCAAACGGCCAAUGUCCUCAACUUGUCCCAGCAUCGUUUUAGACACCCAUGGGAAUGUUAAAUUGAUUGUGGGUGGUGCCGGUGGGUCAAAAAUUACCACCUCUGUUGCGCAGACUAUUCUAAGGUACUUUGUACUCCACGAACCUAUUGAGAAGGCGGUGAAUUCAGGACGAUUGCAUCACCAACUGGCGCCAAUGCACAUUGACAUGGAACCAAAUGUUCCCAGGCAUACUGUCGCCUAUUUAAGUGCUAUUGGACACGACAUCAGAUUUCUGGAAGAUGAUAAGGCAUAUUCCGCACAGACGGCCAUUGGAAUCUUGGGCACUGAACCACACCCCGUCUGCGAUCGUAGAAGAGUGGGGAGCGCGGUGGUAGUCGAACCAGAUAGAUUAGAAUAGAUGUAUGGGAUGUUCAUUUCAUCUUAAGUUUUAGGAAAGCCCGUUAGAAUAUUUUUGUGGUGUUCAUCUGAAUUAAAUAAAUGUAGGGGAAGAUCUUUUCUAGAUGCUUUCUUUUAUAAUACACCGUUUUUAUACCCGUUACUCGUAAAGUGAAAGGGUAUACUAGAUUCGUUAAAAAGAAUGUAACAGGCAGAAGGAAUCGUUGCCGACUAUAUAAAGUAUAUGUCGAAUUAUCUUCGUCUCCCAUUAGAGCGUAGCGCGUUUCUAACUAUUCACAGGCGAUCACUCAAGCAUACUGUCCCGCUCGUCUUUUAACAGCCUAUACGAACACUCGAACCACACUCGGCUGCAACGUCGCGACGCAUCGUUGUGCAACUAAACAGGCGACGCGUCGUUGUCGCCCCGCUCCAACGGUACUUGCAGAAAAACGACGGACAACCACAAUGCAAAGACGCAAAACAUAAUAUGAUGAAAUAAUUCGAGUUCAGGCGUAAUCUUCUACUACUAAUACUACUACUACUCCGACACGGCCAUCCUGACUCUAACACGACAUCGUGUUCCAUUCAAUUGUGUUUUUAUAAACAAAAGAUUUAAUAUUUCCAUUUCAAUUCGUACAAACUUAUCAAGUUAAUUUCACAAAACAGUAUCAAGCCUUCUUAACCAAUAUCUUGACAUAAUUCUUACUAUAAUGUAAUUUUUAACAAAAUCAAAUAUUCUUCUUCAUUCAACAUUACAAAUUCAAUGCCCCACACGCCAUGAUCAAAACAAACAUCAGUUUGUUUUGCACUUGUGCUUGCAUUAUUUAUCUGGUCUUGUUACUCUGUCAUUUUCUUUGGCCAGCAGUAAAUCUUUCAUCACCUUUAUUGGUGUGCUUCACUUUCUUCAGUGGCUUCAACAUUUUCAUUUUCGCUCUCUUCAUCAUCCAUUGUUUCCACGAAACUCCACCAACAACAACAACAACAGGCGCCAUGCUCAUUUGAUACACAUAUUACAAAUUCAAUUCAAAUUCAAAUUCAUUACAAAUUCAAUGCCCCACACGCCAUGAUCAAAACAAACAUCAGUUUGUUUUGCACUUGUGCUUGCAUUAUUUAUCUGGUCUUGUUACUCUGUCAUUUUCUUUGGCCAGCAGUAAAUCUUUCAUCACC